AUGAACGCGUUCUUCGACUACAUACUGGAGGAUGUGACUCCAGCCGGGGCGGAAUACGAUCCAUCAAUUGCUCGACCAUACUGUAAGGUAUGCAAGAAGGAUGCCUGGCUAUCGUGGACAGGAAAGUAUAGUGACUACUGUAGUGUUGAAUGCAUGAACAAGGACACGCGGGCGAACAUAAAUUCUGAGAGAAACGCAGACCUUCCCCGCAAUCGAGGGUCGAGUCCUGAACCUGGCGAAGUUUUCCAGAGAGCCACCGUGGCAAAGAAGGUCGCCAAGGAGUUGAAAAGUAUGGCUCAAGCGAGGAAGGCGCAAGCAUCUGCACUCGUCGCCCGUGAGGAACAGCUGCAGAACGAAAAUGAAUUUCGGCUCCAGCAGCAGAAACUCAAACAGAUGGCGGAGGCUCUUCACUGGGAUCGCAGGCUCUCCCUCGCACAGAAGGAAGAUAUGAGUGAGCAGUUGGAGAGAAGGCGCACUCGGGAAACGGGAAACAACCGGGGAUCGGUUGCAGAUACACGUGGGCAGGAGAGUGCCAAGGAAGCUAGGAAACGAGAAAAAACGAAUUCAAAAAGGCAACUCGACAAGGAAGCGAGUAAGCAUGCCGUGGACGAAGAUAAGAGACACGAAGAGGCUCUACACGCUGAUGAAGAGGGGCAUGAGGAAGAGAAGAGGCGGAUUGCUGACAAGGCGAAGGGGCAAGUGCAGGAAGAGGGAAGACUGUACAGACACGAAGUUUUAGGGGGCAAUGAAGGUGGGGCGCAAGAGAGACUCAUACAGCUGGAAAGGGAGACAAGCGAGACGCACAAUCGAUCGCUGCAAAUCGACGAUAAAGUUGGGAAGUCUGAGCGAGCGAUAGAACAUGAGUUAGCGACUCAGCCAACUCACACCCGCGAGCAAGCAAGGACAGUUGCACAGGCGGAUGAGUGUGACAGGCACAUGAGCUCUCUACGAAGUAACCAUCUCAGCAGCCAGCAGGGCGCUGCCAACAGUAGGGAGGCUGUGGGAAAAUCGGAUAACGCCGCGAGGAAGCAGGAGAAUACAAAGGAGGACGGGGAUCGGAACCUUCAAUCUGUUACCGAGACAGAACUGCGAGUUCCGCGGAAGCGAGCGGGCUCAAAUAGUACCGCAUCGCUGAAAAGAAGCGGUUCAAAGUUCCAGAAGAAGAGUGUACCCGAAGAGGCGACAGCUGCCGCAUUUGUAGCAAAGCAGGUCAAGCAAGCCGUUGAAAAUGCUGUGUCUGAGUUGCGACAGAGCAUUUUAACACCUCGGCGAAGUGGCAGAGCUGUAGGGCAAACCAAGGAUUCGAACCGGAAGAAGAAACAGCUCCAUGUCACAACGGAUGAUCUUGCCGUGCUUCGAAGAGCUGCUCUUACACAGCUGCAGUUAGAAAUGGAUAGUGUGCGUGAACCGGAUGCCUUUAUUAGCAGCUACAUUGGUACUUUGUGGAUAUGGCUUGACAGUGUCAAAGGUGUAAAUCCUCGGCGACUCUCAUUCGGAGAUUCGCUGUUUGUCGUCGUGAGGUGCCCCACCCAGGAACAGCAAUGGCAAAAGUGGCGAUCGCGACGUACUCUUAACCUCCGUUGGGGUGAGGAGUGGAGCUUCCCCAUCAGCUAUAGGAGUUAUCCUUCGCAUCGGUUUAUGAGAUUUGAGCUGUGGAAGAGAAAUGCUCGCCAUGGAAGUGCAAAUUUCCUAGGUGAGGGACAGGUUCCUUUUCCUUGUUUCGAGACCCGCUGGAACGGUGACAUUCAGCUGUGCUGGAACACCCUCCUUGGAGGAGAUCGGAUCGACUUGGACUGCGGUCAGUUGCACAUUGGGUUGGAGUUUUCCCCGAUACGUCGGGAUCGAGAAGCAGCCUCUUGCGGUACUGCCGGAGAUCGACACAAAAUACGCCGUGCCAGAGGACCAAGUCACGAAACGGCAGCACGGGGUAGACGGAAGCAGCCGGCAGACCUAACUGACGAAGCAGUACAAGUGAACUGUGUGCCUGCUGUGGAUGCGGAGGAGGCACCUGCAGGGCCACCACUGGCACUUCCCGUGCAACCAAGAAAAAAGGUCGACGAAACUGUACAAGUGGAUGGUACUACCAUUAUUGCCUCGGUUGAAUCUGGGGCAGAGAUAUCACGUCCGCCUGCUAUACCCAUGGCAUGUGAAGGUGUGCAAGUAGACGGCGAACACCACAUUGCAGAGGCAUGUUUGUCAAAUGAGACGGUAUCCACCCCAAACCCAUCUGAAGAGGUUGCGCCAACCCCUGAUGUGACCGAGGCGGAGUUAGAUACUAUGAUGCCUGCUGUGCUGGCGCAAAUGGAUGAGUACGCUUGCAGGGUGGAGGGCAGGGAUGAGGUGUUGCCUGUAAAUUUCGACAGUAGAGUUCUGCUGAGCAGAGUGCACGCAUCACCAGGAUGCCGGGUUACUUGCUCCAACAAGUUGUGUCGUCGAUCAGUCAGAAGCCAUGAUCUUCGGGAUCUUUUUGAAGAAGAGGAAUUUCGCGCAUGGGGUUUAUGUUCAGUGUGUCAGCAUACCAUUUUCCAGACUCAGUGUCCUUCCAAGCCACCGAAAACGGUUGUGCUUGGGGAGGAGGAUGGAUUGCCCUACGGUGAGUUUAGACUGGACAGUGCCGUACCUGUCGCCUUCCCCGACUUUGCAGUAGUGUGGCCAUCCAGCGGGCAUCUUUUUGUAGCGCAGGGAUUUAGCCGCCUUGAACUACAAGAGCGGAUCCGGCAAUGCACUACCAAAAGCGAACUAAGGGCGGUCCUUAGGGCCCCGUUGCUACGCUUUUUCUUAAGGAGGGACUGGGAUUCUUUCAAGUAUCAAGCACUGAAGGUGUGCUUGGAUCUGAAAGUGGACCAGCACCCACGACUGCAGCUCCUGUUGUCCGCUACGGGAGACAGUCCAAUUUCUUGUCCACAGCGUGAGGACCCUAUGUACAUGACUGCCAUUGACUCGUGCGACCUAGCAAAUGCUGUGGGGGAGAUUCUCAUGGAUAAACGCAAUGAAUUUCAGUCACUCUAG